AUGAUGCUGAACGAUCAGUGGACCAUCAUGAACAACAGCAGCUCAGAGCUUGACAGCAAACAACCAAACAAACACAAGAAAUGCUGCAACUUCCUGUUGUGGUCAGUCGUCGUGUUGGUCGUCAUAGCAGCCGCCAUCACAGCAACAAUCACCAUCCUUUACCUGAACCAGUAUCCUCUGCCCUUCAUCAGCAGGGGAGGAGUCUCCUCCACUUCCCCUGUGAUUUCAACCAAUCCCAAAGAGUCUGGUGCCCUGGUGACAGUGUCCCGUGUCACAGCUGGAGAGCCAAUCAGCAUCUUCCUGGACCCAAACUGCCCAGACUACAGCGAGACCUUCCUGCGGUGGGAGGCGCUGCAGAGCUCUCUGCUGCGAGCACUGGCUAAUCACAAUACAGACGACUGGCAGGAGAGGGGAUUGGUCCAGAAGCUGGUCGAGGAGCUAAAGGUGUUAUCGGGCCAUGCCCACAACCUGAGACUGGAAGCUGACACACUGAAAAGAGGUCAAGGUGUUCUGGACCAACGACUGGACAGCCUGCAGAGCGAGCAGAGCCGCAUCAUACAGGUGCUGUCUGACAGUCACUCAGGCGUGUUGAAGUUGGCUGCAGGUUUCAGUGAUUCUCUGCUCAGCCUGCAGAGGGAGACAGAGAGUCUGAGGAAACUGAAGGGCGACCUGCAGAGAGACAACAACUACAGAGCUGUCAGACCCAGAGACUGCAGUGAUGUCAUGGCAUCCGGUGUCUCUCAGGACGGCGUGUAUUCUGUGUUUCCGACUCAUGACCCCGACGGCUUCAUGGUCUACUGCGACAUGACGACUGAUGGAGGAGGGUGGACGGUGAUCCAGAGGAGGGAGGAUGGUUCUGUGAAUUUCUUCAGAGGCUGGGAGGCAUACAGAGACGGCUUUGGAAAAACCACUGGAGAACACUGGCUGGGUCUCCAGAGGAUCUACUCUCUCACCCGGUCCGGUGGUUUUGAGUUACGUAUCGACAUGGCGGACUUCGAUAACGCCACAGCAUUCGCUCAUUAUGCUGAUUUCUCUGUGGGUCGGGACUCGGUGAACCCAGAGGAGGACGGGUACCCACUGACCGUAGACCAGUAUUCUGGAACUGCAGGUGACUCUCUGCUGAAGCACUCUGGGAUGCAGUUCACCACCAAAGACCGGGACCAGGACCAGUCAGAGAACAAUUGUGCGGCAUACUACCAGGGGGCAUGGUGGUACCGUAACUGCCACACCUCCAACUUGAAUGGGCAGUACCUAAGAGGAGGCCACGCCUCCUAUGCUGACGGGGUGGAGUGGUCCAGCUGGACCGGCUGGCAGUACUCGCUCAGGUUCACUGAGAUGAAGAUACGACCCAAUACCAAAGCAGACUCCUUAUCCUCUGACCCCCAUUCCUAAACACUGACCUCUGACCUGAACUAGACUCCUGAUCUUCAAAUUUAGAUUCUGACACCAAAACUGACCUUUGACCCUAAACCUGACCUCUAAACAUGGACCUUAUCCUAACCUGAUCUCUGACGUCAUCUUAAACUUGACCCCUGACCUUUGACACUACCCUUAACCCCACUAGU